UAACGUCCACAUGGAGAUAUGGAAGAGGACCGGGGAUUGGCACCGGAACCAUGGUCAGCUGGGGGCGCUUCAUCUGCCUGGUCGUGGUCACCAUGGCAACCUUGUCCCUGGCCCGGCCCUCGUUCAAUUUAGUUGAGGAUACCACAUUAGAGCCGGAAGAGCCACCAACCAAAUACCAAAUCUCUCAACCAGAAGUUUACGUGGCUGCGCCAGGGGAGCCGCUAGAGUUGCGCUGCCUGUUGAAAGAUGCCACCGUGAUCAGUUGGACUAAGGAUGGGGUACACUUGGGGCCCAACAAUAGGACAGUGCUUAUUGGGGAAUACUUGCAGAUAAAAGGCGCCACACCUAGAGACUCCGGCCUCUAUGCUUGUACUGCUGCUAGGACUGUAGACAGUGAAACUUGGUACUUCAUGGUGAAUGUCACAGAUGCCAUCUCGUCUGGAGAUGACGAAGAUGACACCGAUGGCUCUGAAGAUUUUGUCAGCGAGAACAGUAACAACAAGAGAGCACCAUACUGGACCAACACAGAAAAGAUGGAAAAGCGGCUGCAUGCUGUCCCUGCAGCCAAUACUGUCAAGUUUCGCUGUCCAGCUGGGGGGAAUCCAACACCAACUAUGAGGUGGCUGAAAAAUGGAAAAGAAUUUAAGCAGGAGCAUCGCAUUGGAGGCUAUAAGGUCCGAAACCAGCACUGGAGCCUUAUUAUGGAAAGCGUCGUCCCAUCUGACAAAGGGAAUUAUACCUGCGUAGUGGAGAACGAAUACGGGUCCAUCAACCACACGUACCACCUCGAUGUUGUGGAGCGAUCGCCACACCGGCCCAUCCUCCAAGCUGGCCUGCCAGCAAAUGCCUCCACAGUCGUCGGUGGUGAUGUGGAAUUUGUCUGCAAAGUUUACAGCGAUGCCCAGCCCCACAUCCAGUGGAUCAAGCAUGUCGAAAAGAAUGGCAGCAAAUAUGGGCCCGAUGGGCUGCCCUACCUCAAGGUUCUGAAGGCUGCCGGUGUUAACACCACGGACAAAGAGAUUGAGGUUCUCUAUAUUCGGAAUGUAACUUUUGAGGAUGCUGGGGAAUAUACGUGCUUGGCGGGUAAUUCUAUUGGGAUAUCCUUUCACUCUGCAUGGUUGACAGUUCUGCCAGCUCCUGUAAGAGAAAAGGAGAUUACAGCUUCCCCAGACUACCUGGAGAUAGCCAUUUACUGCAUAGGGGUCUUCUUAAUCGCCUGUAUGGUGGUGACAGUCAUCUUGUGCCGAAUGAAGACCACAACCAAGAAGCCCGACUUCAGCAGCCAGCCAGCUGUGCACAAGCUGACCAAGCGCAUCCCCCUGCGGAGACAGGUUUCUGCCGAGUCCAGCUCAUCGAUGAACUCCAACACUCCCCUGGUGAGGAUAACAACGCGCCUCUCCUCGACAGCAGACACCCCCAUGUUGGCAGGGGUCUCUGAGUAUGAACUGCCAGAGGAUCCAAAGUGGGAGUUUCCAAGAGAUAAGCUAACGCUGGGCAAGCCCCUGGGGGAAGGUUGCUUUGGACAAGUGGUCAUGGCAGAAGCUGUGGGAAUCGACAAGGACAAGCCCAAGGAGGCAGUCACCGUGGCAGUGAAGAUGUUGAAAGAUGACGCCACAGAAAAGGACCUUUCUGAUCUGGUGUCAGAGAUGGAGAUGAUGAAGAUGAUUGGAAGACACAAAAACAUCAUAAACCUUCUUGGAGCCUGUACACAGGAUGGGCCACUCUAUGUCAUAGUUGAGUACGCCUCGAAAGGCAACCUCCGAGAGUACCUCCGAGCCCGGAGGCCGCCCGGGAUGGAGUACUCCUAUGACAUUAACCGCGUUCCCGAGGAGCAGAUGACCUUUAAGGACUUGGUGUCGUGCACCUACCAGCUGGCCAGAGGCAUGGAGUACUUGGCUUCCCAGAAAUGUAUUCAUCGAGAUUUAGCAGCCAGAAAUGUUCUGGUAACAGAGAACAAUGUGAUGAAAAUAGCAGACUUUGGACUGGCCAGGGAUAUCAACAAUAUAGACUAUUACAAAAAGACCACAAAUGGGCGACUUCCGGUCAAAUGGAUGGCUCCAGAAGCCCUUUUUGAUAGAGUGUACACUCAUCAGAGUGAUGUCUGGUCCUUCGGGGUAUUAAUGUGGGAGAUCUUCACUUUAGGGGGCUCGCCCUACCCAGGGAUUCCCGUGGAGGAACUUUUUAAGCUGCUGAAGGAAGGACACAGGAUGGAUAAGCCGGCAAACUGCACCAAUGAACUGUAUAUGAUGAUGAGGGACUGUUGGCAUGCAGUGCCCUCCCAGAGGCCAACGUUUAAGCAGUUGGUAGAAGACCUGGAUCGAAUUCUCACGCUCACAACCAACGAGGAAUACUUGGACCUCAGUCAGCCUCUCGAACAGUAUUCACCUAGUUACCCUGACACAAGGAGCUCCUGUUCUUCAGGAGAUGAUUCUGUUUUUUCUCCAGACCCCAUGCCUUACGAACCAUGUCUUCCUCAGUAUCCACACGUAAACGGCAGUGUUAAAACAUGA